AAAGUGUGCCGGUGUUCCGUUGUGUGCUCGGUCUGCAGUGCAGUCAGCUCUGCCUGCACACAGUUAGCGUAGGAAGGUCACGUUAUAAAGCGGCUCGACACUCGCUGCUGCUGCUGGAGAAGAGGACUGCGCAAAAACCACGGUCCGGAUUUGUGCCUGUGUGACGUCACGGGGAGCAACAGACCUCUUUGACAGGAUCCUAUACAACAAGAACCACGGAGGGGGAUUCAUGACCGAGUAUCCAGCCAGCACCGGUGGGGCAGGGGAUGUGGACGCCGUUUUGUGCCACAUAGUCGUGCGUAAAGCAGGCGCGGAGAUUGCGCUUGUGUCGGACGUGAGAUUGCGGCGCGCCAUGAGUGCGCUCCUCCGUUAUUAAAGGGACUGCUCCGGCUGUUUUCUGCCUUAAAACGAGCUGUUGAUCAGAGCAGGCUAAGCAGGAGCCAGAGAACAAGUACUAAUCCCCCCCUCCUCCGGGACGGUGACAUUCACGGCGGGGCUUCGGAGCCGACAGACAUGGACUGGAUAUGGAUUAAAUGAUCUGGAACAGGGAGCCGCGGUGAACAAAGCCCACCCUGGAGAGUGUUUGUGUCCGUUAACCUGAGGGCUCUGACUGCAUCCGACUGAAAAUGGGAGCUUUAACCAGCAGACAGAACAUAGGCGUGGAAGAAGUGGAUAUUCCGUCCAAUUCGGUGUACCGUUAUCCACCCAAAUCCGGGAACUACUUUGCCAGUCAUUUCAUCAUGGGAGGAGAGAAGUUUGACUCCACCCAUCCGGAGGGUUACCUGUUUGGGGAAAACACCGACCUGAACUUCCUGGGGACCAGACCUGUGGCGUUCCCGUACGCGGCGCCUCCACCUCAGGAACCAGUGAAGACAUUAAGAAGCCUUAUAAACAUCCGUAAGGACACGCUGCGGCUCGUACGGUGUAGUGAGGAUUUAAAGCUACCGGGGGACGAGGCUGCAGGUAAAAACCGAGCCUGUUACAACGUGGAGUUCACCUUUGACGCAGACACACAGGUGGCCAUCACCAUCUACUACCAGGCCAUAGAGGAGUUUCACAACGGAGUCCCAGUUUACCUGCCCCAGGACAGGUCUCUGCAGUCGGAGACAGUUCACUUCAAGAGGGGGGUCUGCCAGCAGUUCUGUCUGCCCUCACACACCGUCAACCUCAGCGAAUGGGCCGACGACGAGCUGCUGUUCGACAUGGACAAGGAGGUCUUCCCCAUGGUGGUGCAGGCGGUGGUCGACGAGGGCGACGAACAUCUGGGACACUCUCAUAUACUGUUGGCAACAUUUGAAAAGCACAUGGAUGGAAGCUACUGUGUGAAGCCUCUGAAGCAGAAACAGGUGGUGGAUGGUGUCAGUUAUCUGCUGCAGGAGAUCUAUGGGAUCGAGAACAAAUACAACAGCCAAGAAUCAAAGGUCGCCGACGAUGAGAUCAGUGACAACAGUGCAGAGUGUGUGGUGUGUUUGUCAGAUGUGCGAGACACCCUCAUCCUGCCCUGCAGACACUUGUGUCUAUGUAACGCCUGCGCAGACACUCUGCGAUACCAGGCCAACUGCUGCCCCAUCUGCAGACUGCCAUUUCGAGCCCUGCUGCAGAUCCGAGCCAUGAGGAAAAAACUCAGCCCUCUGUCGCCUACAAGCUUUAACCCCGUCAUCACCUCUCAGACGUCGGACUCAGAGGAACACUCGGCGUCGGAGCACAUCCCUCCAGGUUACGAGGCCGUGUCUCUCCUGGAGGCGUUGAACGGCCCCCUCAGCACCUCUUCGGCCCCCCCCCCUCUCCACUCCGGCCCCAGCCACAUCUCAGGAGCGCUGCCCCCCUACAGCAGUGAGCCCCACCCGGCGCCGGCCCGCUCCCUCUCCCCUCUGGACCACUCCAACUCCAGUCAGGGACUCAAACUGAAGAAGAGUGGUUCCAAGUCACUUUCCCAGAAUUCCUCUGUGCUUCCUGAGGAGGAGGAUGAGAAGUCAUGCAGUGAAUCUGAGGCCUGUCGCCACAAACUGGCCGUGGAUCAGCAGGAGUGUGGAGUGACUCCAGACAGUGAGAACCUGACUCUGUCCUCGUCUGGAGCCAUUGACCAGUCGUCGUGCACUGGAACUCCUCUGUCGUCCACCAUCACCUCCCCUGAAGAGCCGGUGAGCAGCAGCCUGGCCCAGUCAGUGAUGUCCAUGGCCUCGUCCCACUCGCAGCACUCCCACAUCAGCACUGACACCAUGUCCUCCAUGUCAGGGUCCUACCUGGCCGGGGCCGAAGGUGAGCCGCUGGGGGGCGACGACGACGGGGGAGACCCGGAGGAGGGCGAGGAAAACCAGGAGGACGCCCCCAUGGAGAGCCGAGGACCCUCACAGCAGGACGGGGAAUUUUCCAAGGAACCAAAGGAGCAGAAUUACUCAGUAGCAGUGGAGGAGCAGGACUCAGAGGGAAAUGAAGUGACAGAGGAGGACUGCUCUUCACCGUCCAAUGGAAAAGGUGGGCGGAGCAGGUGUCCAGAGUUGGCCAAUAACAAUCAGGGCGUCGCCCUCUGUGACACGCCCUCUUUUGGGUUGGAUAAUGAGCAGGCUUCCGACAGCCGAUUCGCCGGUCUGAUGUACCUCGGGGGCUACAGGCCUGUUUUAGAGUCUCUCCCCCACCACGCCUCCACCAGAAACAUAAACCUGGAGGAGCAGGGGGCCGAGAACAGGGACGGCCAGAGUCCGACACCCCCCCGCCGUGGGCCGCUCAUCGUGUAAAAACCCUUCGCAUUCACACGAACAAACCCUUCACGUCUGUCCAGAGUCAGCUCUCCGUACCCUGCCAUAGCACUGCAUCGCUGGAUACUGUACAGAGCCCACCCCCCCAUCACCCCACCUACCCCCCACCCAUUGAAACCUCACCAGUCGCAGCAUUUCCUGGAUAACUGUCAAUGAAACUCAUCUUUUCCAGAAGGAGGGAACUCGUCUCUCUUCUUUGUGUGAACUCUUUGUCUCACAGAGUUCCUCGUCUUCUUUUGUUUUUUUUCUCGUCUGUGAUCUAACCUGACGUGUGAGAACAAUCCGCGUCCUUAUUAUUUAUUCUGUGAAGGUCUAACUGACAAGAGCUGCAUAUCAUGACACUAUCUUCAGACAAAUACAUGCUGCUCCUCUACUACCAGCCAAAAACAGUCAGGGGCUACUGUGAUCGGCAAUCGGAUUUAUUCUUCUUUGUUGUAUGUGUUAAAAACGACUGGUCGGAUUUCUGAAUGAACAUCUCAACGUCCGCUCGGACCAGACCACCUGAGCCGCUGACACCUCUCCUCACAUCAGGGAGCUCCGUCCUCCACUUGAAAGCAUGCAGCUUUCUGCAACUUCUGCUGGUGUUUUUCCUCUCGCCCGCUCCCACCAUCAUCAACACAACUCCUGCUUCACAGCCUCUGCUGAAUGUGAAUUCCAGUUUCUCACGAUGACUCGGAAACGGUUUGGAACUAUUGAGUUUGAGCACCGCUUCUUCUGGUUUACUUGUCAAC